AAAGAAACGCACCAAGUAGGAGGAGGCCACUUUUGCGCACGUCAUCAAAUGUGGUCAAGUACACUGCCCGAUUGGACAAAAAAUGCUCCUUUGAUAAACUGACGACUGUGAAUUGUCCUUUGAUGUGAAUAUGUGCUGGUCCAGUCUACAGAUCAAAUCUUGCUUGUAGGAACGCUGAACAUCUUGCCGUUACCGAGCGCCCACCGAUACGAUGCCGACGACGAGACGCUUGAUGUGGCGGAACUCCAAGCUUGGAAUCACGGCCACGUUAAUGUUGCCUCCAAACGCGGUCCUGGAAGGCGUCGCGUUCCCGCAGCCGCAGCCGCAGCCGCAGCCGCAGCCGGCCGCAGCCGUUAACGCCAAGGUGGGUACCCGCGACUCGCCGAAGCCGGGACCCGGCGCCCAACCGGAGGUGAAACGUCGCCCUGAAGGCCCGCCGCAGCCGCCGCCGCAGCUCCGGACCCCCGCCGACCCCGACGUCCUGCGCACCGACACAAGGCGACUUAUCGGCCGCUUUCUCAGUGACUUUACCGGGUUGACCACGGCUACUUGGAUCCAAAGCAAAGCCCAGUCGACGAUGAAAAGGGUCGUGGCCGGACUCGUAGACAAACACAGCAUCAGAUACAAUGGCAUCAUCAGCCAACUGGCAUUGGACGGGAGAGGGCACGACAUGGCGUUCGUCAGCGAGGUGGCCAGGAUUCUGUUUGGAGACGGGACUACCAACUGGGGUCGCGUCGCCAGCCUGGUAGCUUUCGCCGCCGUGGUGUCUCGGGCCUUGAAGGAGAAGCGGCGGGAGAGCUGUGUGGAGCUGGUGGCCCAGGAGGUCUCCACCUACCUGCUGUCACACCAGCGCACCUGGCUCGUGCAGCACAACGCUUGGGACGGCUUUGCAGAAUUCUUCGAGGAAGAUGACCUGGAGUCUAGACUGAGGAACGUCCUCUCAGCCUUUGUCGGUUUGGCCUGCGUCGCCGCAGCGCUGCUCCGUUUGUCGCAGUGAACUCCGAGGACGCUUGGCACGCCACGUUUCAGCUUUGUGUCGUUGCGCAAUCACGCAUCGAUCCGUUUGUUAUGGCCUUAAGUGCACGAGAAUGCAAAUAUGUUCACCAAUAACUCGGGAUCAUAACUCGUUCAUGCUUCUGUGUGUCUUAUUACCCAUUCGCUGUUCAGUCAAAUUUAUUGUUACUUUCUUUAGUGACAAAGAAUUUGCUAAAAAUAAGUUUAUAUAUCAUAAAAAGGUAGUUAUUCUGGUGGCAAUGUUUUUGCAAGAAUGCAAGCUUGUGUUCAGCUAUUCACUGCAUAUUCAAGUAAAGAAUCUAUUUGUUUUAUUGUUUACUGUUAAAAUGCCACUUACCAAAAACGUUUAUGAAAAGAUUGAAAUGCACGUGUUAAAAAAAAAAAAUCACUUUGCCCAUUCAUUGGGGAAAUGCAUUUUUGCACUAAAGCUAACUUUGAGAUGCAUGUUUCCUAUUUGAAAUUUUUUGUUUUUUUUAAUGUAUUCAUUUUUUCUGGUUCACAAAAUAUUUUGUAAAUAAUAUAUUGUACUUGAAACGUGACUGAAGUGACCUUAUUUUUACUACUGUAUCUGUUGGGAAGUCAAUUGUUCAUCUGAGUAUUUUUGUAAAGAUAAAACAAUUCACUUGAAAUGA